GGAGUUUUGACAUAUUUGCCCCACUUCAUAAGUGGCUGGCGUGGAUACAGUGCAUGUUCAACGUCCUCAUUUCUGCUUGGGUGAUUUGUGGACUUCUACCCCUAGGGGGUGCACUGAGCAGGAACAACGGUGGUGCGGGAAGAGGCCUGGCAUCGCAACUUGCGGCGAGCCAGGACACGUGCCAGAACUGUUCUGCGGACUUUUACGAGUGGAGUAUCCCACGACAGGAGACGAGUGACUGCGGCCAUUGGGAGGCUGCGGAGUCACCAUUCACAGUCGGUGUUGGUUGCGGCUGCGGUGCGAAGUUUGGACGUGAUGUCGCAGCCUUGGCGGUGCAACAGCUGUGCUGUCACGAACAAAGCUAUGGCGGUGUAUUGCCCUUCCUGUGGUCGCCACUGGAAGAAGGCGAUGCAGGCCUCCUACGCAGGUCAAGCCGCGGGGCAUACAGACUCUACUUCGUGGACCUGGCAGUCGGACUCGCAGGCUUCAGGCAGGCCGAAGUCUCCACGACGGAGGUCACCACGGACGCGUACAAGAGGACAAGGCUCCGGGGAAGCGGGACCAAGCGGGGCGGCGCCAGCAAUGCCUGCUCGUCCUGCCCCUCGGGACAUGGGUCGGCGGGGCAGCAUUCAGAGGACAAGCGAAUGCUACACGCCUUCGUCGAGCAGCUCUCCAAGCAGGACAACGUGCCGGAGGAGAUCAGGGAGCUCAUGGCGAAGGUGAGUGGCAACAAGUUUCAGCAGGAGGCCAAGGAGCUUCACAAGAUGGUUCAGACAAGGACCUCUGCCUUCUCCGCCCUCAACCAGAUCGAUUCGGACAGGGCGGUGUACGAGCAGGCAUGGGCGAACUACAGUGCGUCGCUCAUCAAGAUGCUGCAGGAUCAGUUGCAGCAGAGGCAGCAAACGCUGCAGGAGUUCGAUACAGCUCAGGCAGAAUGGACUGCCAAGCUCAAGACGGUUACGCAGCAGAUCAAGCAGACUACGCAGCCAGGUGCAGGCUCCAGUGCGGAGGUUGCCUAUGUGGACAGCUCCGAGGGCGAGGACAUGGAGGCCGAGGUUGCGGAGGAUGCAGAAAGGGAUGCCAAGCGGGAGCAGCGGCGGCAGGAGAUGCUGGCGCAGCACGACACGAUCCUGCAAGCCCUGCAGCAGGUGCAGGACUGGGCCUUGGCCAACUCGGAGCGAAGGGAGGGCUCCAGGCGUUGGUCCCAAGGCCAAGGCAGCUCCCGCCGCAGUCGCAGCAAAGGAUGCAGCGGCUGGUCAAGGUGCUGGAAAGCAUUUUGGCUGAGCUCUCUCGCGUGCCGACCGGACACGGGGGAGCUUAUCUCUCCGCCUUUCUGGCUUCGAGUCAAGCAUAGCAUCUUCGAGGACGGCGAUUUUGUCGAUGACCUGCAUGCCGGACUGGCGGCCUGUGCCUGGAGCUUCGAAUGCCAGGUGCCAAGCUGCCACUUUGUGCCGCUGGACCCCCGAGUCAAGCCGUUCCCUUGUCAUGGUCACCACGGUGUGACACCUUCCUCGUUCCAGGGAUCCUGCCGCGUGGGAUGCGGAAGUGGACCUGACGAAGAGGGAGGGUCACCUUUGGUGGGCAUGACGAGAUCAGAUGAUGGUUCCACGACGGCGCUGAGGUUGUUAGGUCGUGCCUUGUCAACUUCUGCGGCCGUGACCAGGGCGGGCGGUUCCUUGUCGACCCCUGCUGCAGACCUCGCCACUGCCAGUGGACCCUUCAGCAUUGCUCCGUUGCCACGCUCUCGUUCACCGCGCGUGCUGCUCAAGGCGGAGGCUGCUCCCAGUGUGAUGCCCGGUUUGCUCUUGCAAGAGCAGCUGGUCUCCAAUGCCCAGGGAUCCCGGCACCUGCAGGAGAAUGUUCAGGCUGCUGCAGCGGGCGCGCAUCAUGGCAGUCGCUCCCUUUUCUCCAUUCUGGAACCCCGCUCGGAUCAUCUUUCCCGCGGUUGUUUCGCAUGGUGGGGCCGUGAGGAUUAUGUUGCAUACGCCAAAACAGUUGUGCCAUAUGUUGUACGCACAGCACGUUUUCUCCAUACGGAGAUUCCAGGAAUCCCUUCUCCUCAGCUCUUGCUUACUGGUGCGGCGGAGCUACGUGGACAUAAGGCUUGCCCGGUUGACUUGCGUGCUGUCGGCGGUCAGUUGCAUACUGUUGUUCUCCCUCCGGCUGGAGAUGUGAGCAUCAUUGGCCGCCUUCUCCAUGAUAAAGGAGCGGCUGAUAUUGAUCUGCCUCCGGACGGUUGUGACUUCUUUGCGCCUGAUGGGUCGCGUGUUGUUUCCUGGACUUGCGGAGCGGAGUUGCCGGAAUGGCUCUCUGUUGCUGUCGGCCUUCCUGUGUCGGGCCCGCGGCCCUUCUGGCCUACAGAGGUGGCAAGAAUCCUGGCUGCAGGGGUUGAAGUUACGCCGUCGCACCUCAACGGACCGUUGAUGUCGGUGGUCCUUGGGCGGCUUGCUGAGCUUGAACAGCCGGAUUUUGACCCUUCGACGCUGCGUGGGCACUACACCGUCUUCGAGGUCAGUGAGCGGCCCCGUACCAGGGCUUCAUACCGGGACUGGACCCUGGCGGAUUACGUUGCUGAUGCAUGUGUAGGGGCACGCAGGGUUCCACGUGCUGUUCAGGUUGUUUCUCGGCCCAUACACGGCUACCCUGUGCCUCAGUUGGUUCUGACACCGCGAGACGCCGAGGCGGGACACCAAGCCCUCCUGUGUGACUGGAGGGGCCGUGGCCAUGGAGUUGUUACUGUCUUGUGCCCGCCCUCCGUUGAUGUUGGGCGCUUUGAGGAGCUCAUUGAGCGCGAUCUACCCUUCCCUGGGCGCUUUGUGCCGGCGGCUGUGCCUGUGGUCAUGAUCCAGGAUGCCUUUUCACGUCAGCAUCUCCGUGUGGCCACACCUGUUUGUCAGUAUGACUGGGUUGUCCCGGUUCUGGACAUACAGGAGCAGGAGCCUGAUACUGGGGCUACUUCUUCUGAUCCGGUUGCCUCCACUACCCAAACGGUCACAUGUAAGCUGCCUUUUGAGGACAUCGCAAUGGCGCCCGAGGGCACUGCUAAGCAGGUUGCUGCGCGCAGACCUUCCACUCACUCUGGGUCUGGCCCAGCAGUGCCCCAUGUUCAGUAUCGCCCUCUGGAGCUUGUGCAAAAUCUGGGCUCACAGCCUCUUGCUGCCAGCUUUCUUUUUCCCGAUCUCGCAGGUGCCGGCGGCAGCGGCCUUGCUGUCGGGACACAUUACUUCGCUGUGAUAGCGUGGGACAGGCCAGUCGGUGUCUUACCGGCUGCUGCGGACUGGUCGCUGGCCAGUUUUUUUCAGGCAGCGGAGACAUGGCUGGGACAUGCUCCGCGCAUUGCCCUGCUUCUUACUCACAGCGUGCCCAAUCUUCCUGCGCCCCAGUUCGUCUUGACAGACUAUGACGUGCCUGCUAGUGCGGAAGUAGUGCCCCUUGACCUGCGACCGUGGGGUGGCGACGUUGUGCCUCUGGUUGCUGUUCCUGGCAGUGCUGUUGGUGACGUAUUGAACCACCUUCCGGGACUACCGCCAGUGCUUGGCCAAGUGCCCUUGCAUCAUGAUCUGUUCUUGCAGGACGCACGCGGAGGCCUGCAUGCACACAUCCCUGAGGACCUCAGCGAUGUACAAUGGUUUCGGGUUUGUCGUGCGGUUGUUGGCCCUGAUGCUUCGCCUUUUGGCUGUGCGGAUGGCGUCCUCACUUCUACUUCAACCACUACCACGGGCAUGCAUGCUGAGAGUCGGUCUGUUCGGUUUGUGCUUACUGGAGGGGCCACCACGCUCCAGCUCCCGCCUGUUCCGGUUAGUGAGGCCGAUCCGGUACAUGCUAUAGGGGAACUACUGUUUGCCGUGGCGGCUUGUGGUAGGCUGAAAGAGGGCGCGGCGGUCACCCUGGGUGCGGGUUGGCCAGCCCCCUCGCGCAGAGGCGAAUACAUUGUUCCCUUUGUAGUUUCGGCGUUUGGGGAUGAGGUGCAACAGUCUGUGCUGUUCGACCCCUCCUAUGACGGGUCGCAGCUUUAUGCGAUGGGUGUGCAACAGGGUUUGCAUGCGGAGGACCUCAUGAGUACCAAUUACCGCCAGUGUGGACUCACCCUUUGGGUCAAUGGCGUUCAUAGCUCUGCAGUGAUUCGGCCGCUCCGAACAGGGGAUUAUGUCCAGUUGUUACCCAACCGGGUCAUUACUGCCCCUACGGCUAUUCAUCCAGAGGUCCUGCUCAGCUCCAUCAAUAGGCUGCGGGCCAUUUCAGCCCCACUUCUCGUUCCGGACUUUCCCAGGGUUGCUGCCCGUGCUUCCCACGUCGAUGCAAGAGUUCGGUCCAGAGCCGCCCUGCACAGUGCCCUGGAUUUGUCAACGCGUGCAAGGGUAGAGCUCAUGGGGCUACCGCCGCAGCCCGGCCAGGCGGCUCAGCCCAUCGUGCUCUUGGAGCCGGGGCGCGCGCCCCAUCACCUUUACCUGCCGUUGAGGCUUACGCCCACUCUCGAGGAAGCAGAGGACUCUUUGCGGGAUACGCACAUCGUCCCGGCCACAUAUCGAUUUGUGGAUACGAUUGAAGAUGGAGCACAUGUUGCCACUGCCCGGCCCAUUACAUAUGCCCCUGUCGCACGACGUUCGACCACUGUUCGUUCCACGCCUAGCCGGUCUGAACCAGCUUCUGCAAGUGCGUCUAUGGACACAGCUGUUUCUGGGGCGGCUGCUUCCAGUCUUUCGGAGACGAUGCCACCUGCCGAUGAACCAGCUGCACAUCCGGAGCCUACGCUCAGUGAAGGCACGUCUCUUAUCCAGAUACCGGAUUAUGCGCAUGCGAAGAAACUGAGGUGCCGACAAGCCAGGCAAAGAGGUGUUCCGCUCGAAGGCUGCCAGGACCUCGAGGCUCCUCCACAGGCUUCUUUCCUGGUUAGUGUUGCGACCCCUUUUGGGCGCCGGGGUAUUCCAGCGCAGGAUAAGAGUGCCUGUGCAAUGGUGCAGCCGGAACCAGAGCGGACCAUGCUGUCCCUUUGUGACCUUGUGCCGCAAGCCGAUACACCGGUUGAGGGUGUCAUUCACUUCCCUGUCCCGGCCGAGUUGCCAGAUCAAUGCUGGGAAUCCUACGACAUAGCUGGCUUUGCACGAGAGAUGCCCGCUGGACUGCGUCUGCAUCCCGCGGCGGCUGACCUCCUGGGCAAGCUUGAUCACUGGGAUGGGUUGACAGGCUUCCAGGCUGCUAUGUUAUAUGUGGACGGAUCAUUCCAUAACAAAAAGGCAGCGUGGGCGGUCGUUGCUUUUGUUCUGGUUGAUGGAGUGUGGCUGUGGGCCGGUUUCAUUGGAGGAUCACUUGCUGAAGCUUUCAAUGCACAGUCGGUCUAUGAAGCGGAGCUGAUGGCGCAACUGGCAGCGCAUUGCACGGCUGCAGGAUGCUCAGUGCCCACGGUCAUCUAUUACGACUCCACGUCGGCAGCCACCGCCGCUGAUGGCAGAAUCUCUUUGCGGCAGCCGCAUCCCAUUGCAGAGGCGGUCGCGUCUAUCGCGGUCUUUCUUCAGUGUAAAGGCAAGCGACCGCUGUUGCAGCAUGUGGCAGCGCACACUGGCAAUCCGGCCAACGAACUGGCUGAUUCCUUGGCAAAAUUUUUCUUGGACCCGUGCGCACCCAAGGGACCUGAUGCUGUCGAGCCUAUGGCCGAUUCCAUUCUUCGGGGUGACCUUGGCUGGCUUUGGGUGAGGGCUGCUUCUGGGGUGAUGUUGCCCUCUCUUGAUGUGCAUGGCGAGUCCACGAUAGCGUUCGGGUUACGGACUGUGCGAUGCGGCUUUGCACUUAUAAUGUUCUGUCUGCCAAAGCUGCUCUGCAGCGGUCUUCAACCGCUUAAUCGCAAUGCAAAUCAUUGGUUGGCGAUUCUCCGGGAGUACGGCCUAUGUCAGACGGGUGUUCGCAGCUCUGCUGGGGAGCUACUUCGGACCUGGGUUUCGCCAUCAGGUCACAGCGCCUGCCUUGACUACAUUGCGUACCCGGCUGAGUGGUCCGGUGGUGUCGGUGGUAUCCGUACAGUCGCUUUUCUUGACGAGUUCGCCGGCUUCGACCAUUUCCCCCUGCUGGCAGAUGUUAAGCUGCGGCUUGAGACUGCUGUGCACCAGUGUCAGGCCUACGAUGUGGAAGCCAUGCACAGUGAGGAUGUUGAUGGGCAUGUUGAAGUGCUCAGUGAGUACAUUCAUGAUCAGCUGGCCACUCACUUCCUUCCCAGCACAGGCAGGCAGCUUCUGCAUGUGCUUUUCGGUGCCUGGCGGAACUGUGUCAGAGGGGAGGGUGAUAUAAAUGUUGCGCAAUUGCGUGUACGUGUCAAGGCUGCGGACCGCCAGGCCGCGACUUUUGGUGCCAGGAUGCGUGAGUUGCAGACGCGGAUCCGCGCCGCUUAUAGAGCCGAUGUAGCUGCCUUUACGCGGCACAUGUGGUCCGAGGCCAAAGGUGCAGGUCCCGCGGAGCUGGCGCGUGUCCUUCGCUCUGUGUUGAAGGCAGGGCGUAGCUACAAGCCGCCGCGUGUUGCAGUCGCUUUAAACACUCCUCAAGGUCCGAUUGUUGAGCCGGGUGAGGUGGCUGAUCUCUUUGGGCGCACUUUUGCAGUUGCGGAACAUGCUGCUCCGGUGGACUUUGCUGCUUUACAGGCAUGUGAUCCGGCACUGGACUGUGUUGAUCAGCGUUACUUGGCAGAGCAGCUGCCGUCGGUCACCACAGUUGCGGCGGCUUUUAGCUCCCUUAAACCCAGGCGAGCCUCUGGCCCUUCCCGCAUUCCAGCGGACUUCUACGCUGCGGCCCCACUUGCGGCGGCGCUGGCGCAUAUGCCGGUGCUGCUUAAGACUCUUCUGCGUGCACGACUGCCGUUGUUGUGGGGCGGUUGCGUCUCGCGGCCGCUUCUGAAGCCGGGAAAGCCUGCAGAUGACGUGGCAAGCUAUAGAGCUAUUGCUCUACAAGAGCCUGCGGCCAAAGCCCUCAACAAGGCCCUCCGUCCUCAGCUCUGUGCCCGGUUUGAAGAUGUUGCGUUGUCUGGAGUUGGAGGAGCGCGUCCUGCCUUUGCCCUCUCAGUGCCUUCCCUGACGGUGCAAUCGGCCUUGGCCUAUUCGUGCAAGCAGGGCCUUUCCGUGAGUGCGCUGUUCCUUGAUGGGGUGGCGGCCUUCUAUGCCACAUCCCGAGCCACUCUGUUCACUCAGGAUCGUGUUGCGCUGGAGGCCAGGUUGAGGCAAGGACCUUAUGCGGAUGAUGUUGUGGCUGCUUUCCUUGCCUUCUUGCCGGAGGAGGGCUCACUUGCGGGUGCCGGGGUGAACGAGGCAACGUGCGACUUCCUGCGAGCCUCGAUGAAGCGCACUUGGUACACUACCAAUCCCCAAAGUGCUCGGGUCUAUGAGACGUCCAAAGGCACCAUACCAGGAGCACCGCUGGCGGAUAUCCUGUUCCAGUAUGUGUUACAUGCGGCAAUCAGCGCGUUGGACUUUUUGCUGAAACGAGAUGGGCUUGCUUUGCAGGUUGCGGGUCAGUCGGCUGCGCCCUGCUCUUGGCUUGAUGACUUGACGCUGCUGGUCUGCAGUACUCACGCUGCUGGUUUGACCAAGGCCACCGUUGCCGCUGCGUGCCUGGCCCACCAAUGCAUGGGUUUAAUUGGCAUAGAUGUCAAUUACGGGCCUAAUAAGACUGAAGCCCUCAUGAUCUGGAAGGGGCCAGGGAGCCAGAAAGCCCGCGCGAGUGCGCUCUUGGAGGCUGGGGGCAAACUCUGUCUCGGGGAUUUAGGACAAGGCACUAGGUGGCUGCGCUGCACGGACAAUUACACCCAUCUGGGUUCUGUGCGAGCAACGGCGGCGACGGCUACUGCGGACUUGGAGCGUCGCGCCAGCCUGGCUCAUGUCCUGUACCGUCCGCUGCCGAGCCGACUCUUGAACAACCCUGAGCUUACCCUGGCGGAACGGCGUAACCUGCUCUUCGCCGGUGCCUUUGCGUCUUACCUGCAUAACGUCGGCACAUGGACUUUGUCGACAGGCGCAGAGCAACGCCUGUACCAGCGACACUACAUGAAGCUUGUCAAGGGCUCCAUUCGGCCCCUUUUCGGGGUGCCGAGCCGUCGCUUAACAGAUGUCCAGGCAUGCGCUGUGGUCGGGGCUCUCACUCCUCAUGAAGCCUUGGCGUCGAGUCGCGUGCGUGUCCUUGCACAGGUGGCUUCGCGUGGUUCCCCUUUCUUGUGGGCUCUCUUGAUAGCUGAAAGGGAGUGGCUUGUUGCAGCCCGUGGCGCCCUCGAACUUGUGCACUCGGUGGUCUCCAAUCCGUCCGUUAAGGAAUACCUUGCCGGUGGACUCGCGGACUCAUUCUCGGCUUGGCCUUUCACGGCGGCGCAGGUUUCCGGCCUGCUGCGCAAGUUCAAAAAGAUUGCGGUUGCAUCUCGCAACGACCUGGCUGAAGAGGCGCUUGCUAAAGCCACAGUCCAUCACCAGGCAGCCACUUUGGGUUUCGUCUUUGUCAGGCUGGCCGACAAGCCCGUUGGCGGAGCUAUUGCCAGAUGUGAGGACUGCGGGCAGACUUUCGGGUCUGUGGCUGCCUGUGCAGCUCAUCGGAGUGCUGUUCAUGGGCUCAAAUCUGAGGCGUCCCACGGGUUUGGGACGGACUGUCAGGUCUGCGCUAAGCGCUACUGGACGCGAGCCAGGCUCAGGGAUCACCUCCGUAGAUCCGCAGUGUGCGCCUCGGUGUACAAAAACUCCGAUAUUCAGGAGGGUCAGCUGGUUGCGCAGGCCCCUGGGCAAUGUAAUCUGCCAGUGGUCCCACUCAUCGGACCCCGUCCAUGGUGGGCGACGUUAGUUCCCCGUAACGACACGGAGUGCCUACCCACUCCUGCUCUCUCCUUUGAGCCUCAUGUGGCCUUUUGCCGAUACCGCUACCACAUGAACUACCCCGCUUUCUUUGCCUGUUGGAGUAGAGCAGUAGAGACUGGACACCUGGCAGCAUUGCUUCAAUAUUUCGGCCUUCAGGAGGAAGGCACGCCCGAGUGGAUGCUGGCCACGAGGGUUGUUUUGGCUCUCGGCCGUAAUCAAACUGGUCAGUUUGUGCAGGACCAGCUUGUUGCGGUUGUGAGGGAGGGCUGCGUUUUGUUUGGUCCGAAGCAGGCCCUGAAGGCGUUGAGCGAGCUCCGUCUAGAUUUGCUUUAG